GAUGUUUGUGCAACUGCCAUAGGCUGUUCAAAGAGGAUGCAUGCCUCCCGUGGCGUCGUGUCUCGCUUGUAACAUGUAGCUGGAGGGACGGCGGAGAGUGCGCAGCUGUUUCUCGGCCACUGAAGCCCCAGCAGACGCGUCCGCAGAGCGCAUUGUGCCGCCAGCAACCUUUUCCCCACCUUGAACUUUCCUGCUCCGGAGCGUGAUGCGGGAGCGCAGCCUCCUGAGCUGUCCGCGGUGCUGAACGCUUUCCCUCCACCUGCACCGGGUCUCCGCGAGUUGACCUUCCCUUCCACCGAGCCGGGGAAAUCAGCCUCCUGCACCAUCACGCAGCGAGGUGCCAGAAAGCAGGCCACCCCGCACAUGGACAGCUGCUGGGCUUGACUGAGUCAGCCACGUCCGCCGAGUCUCUUUCAUGGCUGUGGCACGCAAAAUCAAAACUUUGCUGACCGUCAACAUCCUGGUGUUCGUGGGGAUUAUCCUGUUCUCGGUGUACUGCAGGAUCCAGGACCGAUCCGACGAGCUCAUCCAGCUGGGGCGCAUCUCUGACCAGAGGCUGCGAGCCAGGAGUGGCAAAGUUUCCAACUUGGUGGACAGGCAGUCUAUUCUGCAGAGGCUGGAGAGGCUGGAGGAUGUGGUCUACAACCAGUUAAACGGUUUGGCAAAGCCCAUGGGGCUGGUGGAGGGGCCCGGGGGCCUCGGCCAGGGGGGAGCUGCCGCCACUCUGGGAGAGGACAGCCACGACGCAGAGGGGAAGUACGAGGAGUACGGCUACAACGCUCAGCUCAGUGACCGCAUCUCCCUGGACAGAAGCAUCCCAGACUACAGGCCUAAAAAGUGCAAGCAGCUGACAUACGCAGAGGACCUUCCUCAGAUCUCUGUAGUCUUCAUCUUCGUGAACGAGGCGCUGUCGGUGAUCCUGCGAUCUGUCCACAGCGUGGUCAACCACACACCAGCACACAUGCUCAAGGAGAUCAUCCUGGUGGACGACAACAGCGACAGUGUGGAGCUGAAAUUCAACUUGGACCAGUAUGUGAACAAACGCUACCCGGGCCUGGUGAAGAUUGUGAGGAACAGCAAGCGGGAGGGCCUGAUCCGAGCCAGAAUACACGGCUGGAACGCCGCCACGGCUCCUGUGGUCGGCUUCUUUGAUGCCCAUGUCGAGUUCAACACUGGCUGGGCUGAACCUAUUCUGACCCGGAUGAAGGAGGAUCACACCCGCAUCAUCCUGCCCGCCAUAGACAACAUCAAGUACAACACGUUUGAGGUGCAGCAGUACGCCAACGCCGCCCACGGCUACAACUGGGGACUGUGGUGCAUGUACAUCAUCCCGCCGCAGGAGUGGCUGGACAAGGGCGAUGAGACAGCCCCUAUCAGAACUCCAGCUAUGAUUGGCUGCUCCUUCGUGGUGGACCGGGAGUACUUUGGUGAGAUCGGUCUGCUGGAUCCGGGAAUGGAGGUCUACGGAGGAGAGAACAUCGAGCUGGGCAUGCGGGUGUGGCAGUGCGGAGGGAGUAUGGAGGUCCUGCCAUGUGCCAGAGUGGCCCACAUCGAGCGCACCAAGAAGCCCUACAACAAUGACAUCGAUUACUACGCUAAGCGCAAUGCCCUGCGCGCGGCUGAGGUGUGGAUGGAUGAAUACAAAUCCCAUGUCUACAUGGCCUGGAACAUUCCCAUGAAUAACCCGGGGGUGGAUUUCGGAGACGUGUCAGAGCGCUUGGCCUUAAGGAAGAGGCUGCAGUGUCGGAGUUUCCGCUGGUACCUUGAGCACGUCUACCCAGAGAUGCGCAUCUAUAACAACACCAUCACAUAUGGAGAGGUGAGGAACAGCAAGGCCAGUGGAUACUGCCUGGACCAGGGCUCUGAGGACGACGACAAAGCUAUCCUCUACCCCUGCCACGGCAUGUCCUCCCAGCUGGCCCGCUACUCGACUGAGGGGCUCCUCCAGCUUGGACCCCUGGGGUCCACCACCUUCUUGCCUGACACGAAAUGCCUGGUUGAUGACGGCAGGGGACGCUCUCCCAGUCUGAAAAAAUGUGAUGUAGUUUCAAGAGCUUCCCAGAGGCUGUGGGACUUCACACAGAAUGGGCCAAUCAUCAGCAGGGACACUGGUCGGUGCUUGGAGGUAGAAAUGUCCAAAGAUGCCAACUUUGGCCUUCGCCUGGUGGUCCAGAGAUGCUCUGGUCAGAAGUGGAUGAUACGAAACUGGAUCAAGCAUCCCAGGCACUGAAGCCAGAGAAGAACCUCUGAGACAGCUUGGGCACUGUUUCAAGUUGCAUUUGGAGCUCAAACUGUGGACGGAGAGGAGAGGAGCAGGGACUGCCGGUGCCAGUCUGUGGUAUUUCACACCACAGACUGCACCGCACACACUGAGCUUCCCUCAGGCCACGGAAAGAAGAAUAUGAUCAAUUCUUGUGUUCCACGAAAAGCUGUGUGUUCUCAGAGACCUUACAGCGAGCUGCACUGUUCGAGACGGCCCAGGAUCCUGACAUUCAGCCACAUGUAUAGAACAGAGUAAGGAAACACCUGAGUGCCGCCCCUGAAGGUGGUUCAAAGUCCUCGUGAUACUUUUGUUUUUAACUGUAAAACUUCUGAUGGGAGAGGGAGUGCGCGUGUAUGUGUGCGUGUGUCUUCUUUUCUGAGUGCAUCUGAGCAAAUCAAAAGAUGUAAUUGCCGUCCAUCGCCACAUCACAGUGAUUAUUUUGGGCUGUGAUUUGGAAAAUUGCUUUGGACAUAUUGUGCUGCCUUGGCAAGUCAUGUAACAAGCUUCAGAGGGGCUACCCAUCACCUGAUCUGGAGGCGUUUCACCGUCACUUACACAAACCACGACAGUUCUUUGUUUCUUUGGACUGUGUUGCUCACUGCGGACCGGAGCAAUCAUGUGCCUUUUUCCUCAUUUUUCUGCUUCAUCUGACCAGGGAAUGUCAGUCCCCAAAAAAGCAUGUACAAAAUUAUUUGAAAGUUAUUAAUAUAUAAAACAUAAUGUAUAAAACAGUCUAAUGACAGUAAUAUAUUGUAAAAAGUGAAAUAUUGAUAUCCGUCCUCUGAUAACAAUUAGGGUAAUAAAAUCAUUUUUAUGAUGAA